AUGUCGUCUUGCAGGUAUCACAAAUUGAUCUGGAGUCCUCACAAAACAGGAUCCGAUGAGACGCUUUCCGGAGUUCUUAUUGCUGGUGGUGAAAAUGGGAAUAUAAUUUUGUAUGAUCCAGCUAAAAUAUUAGCUGGUGAAACCGAAGUCAUGAUUGCUCAGAACGACAAGCAUACGGGACCUGUAAGAUCUCUGGAUGUUAAUCUAUUCCAGACAAAUCUAGUAGCUUCUGGUGCAAAUGAGUCAGAGAUCUACAUCUGGGAUUUAAAUAACUUUGCAACGCCGAUGACACCAGGAAGCAAGACACAGCCUCCUGAAGACAUCAGCUGUAUUGCGUGGAACAGACAAGUCCAACAUAUCCUGGCCUCUGCGAGCCCCAGUGGUCGUGCUACCGUGUGGGAUCUC